AAAUCGGAGAAGGCCAUGCAGCAAGAAGAAGUGCGACAACCAGCGCCACAACAGUUGUUCGGGGCCGGAAGUGACGUCACACCAUCCGCGACGCAGGAAGGGGUAAAAUUGGUGACAUCAGAGCCCCCACCGCCGCAUCUACGCAGAAGCGACUCCCGCGGUGCUCUGAACUUGGUGCGCCCUCCUCUCAGACCGCCAGUACUGAGGAGAAACGACAGCAGGACUUCGAUAGCUCCAGGACCCUUCCAGCAGCCACGACCUUUGAGGCCCCCCUUCAUCCGGCCCCCAUUCAAUGGCCCUCCGCCUAGAGCUCUCGAGCCUGGUGUUCGUCCCCCUCCGCCUGGAAUAAGACCGCCGCUCAGACCGCACUUCGUCCAGCCACCAUCCAAGGAUGGCUGCGUCACCCUGGUAGGCGGUGGUGAUAUGGGCGGCGAGGCGUCCCAGCAACAACAGCAGGGAAGUCUCAACAAUUACGAGCAAAAGAGCCUAGACCCGGAGCAUAGGCAGAAAGCGCUGACCUUCUUUAAGAGCAGAAUCCACAGCAUGGAACACCAGAAUCAGGCAGGGGAAUUUGAUCGUCCCAUUUCUCGCGCAGGCGUAGACACUUUUCCGAUGAACGGACAUUUAAAUGGAAGUGUGUCCCAGCAGAAGUCGUCGGAACCUCAAAAGUCGGAUAAGAUAGCUCCAGUGGCACCACCGGAACAAAAGCCUCCUCUACAUACCUCGAAUGCACCUUCGGACCCCCAGAAGGCACCUCCAUUUGCAGCAAAUAUGUCUCCAAUGAUUUCUUCAGAGCUUCAGAAACUACCUUCUGCAGCACCCAGUGUAGGUGGAGCUGAAUUUCAGAGGCCGGUACCCACGGUGUCUAAUGUGACUGCUGCUGAAUUUCAGAGACCACCAUCUGUCGCACCCACUACGAUUGCUACUGAAGUACAGAAGCCUUCAUUGGCCUUGUCAAAUGUGAUUUUAGCAGAACUUCAGAGGCCUUCGUCAGCUGCAUCCAGCGUGAUUACAUCCGAACUUCGGGGCCCUCAAGAAAUUAUCCAGAAGCCGGAAUUCAGCAAGGUCAUGAAUGGCGUAGCUAUGAAGCCCGCCCAUGGCCUGAAGAAAGGCCACGCAGAGGGCGCGGGCAGAGACGAAGAGGAUGACGACAACGACGUAGUCAUUGUGAGCCCUCCCGAUGCCAUAUCAUCGUCAUCUGACGAAGUUGUUGUUGAAGGGAUGAUCCGAGGAUCAGCUAUUAAUGGGGUACAAACAGCAAGCAAACCUGUAAUCCCCGAGUCACAACUUUCGGGAAACAUGAAGUUCGAAACCAUGAUCACCACGCUAGGUGACACCAAAAAUUCUGAAGGAAAAGAAGAAUUUAAGGAAACAGAAUGGAAGGAAGAUCCUUUGAACAAAACAACAGAAGAUAAUAAGGCAUCUGGGAAGGAAGGAAAAUAUAAGGAGGAUAAAGAAAAGGAAUCCCCAAAGAAGGAACACGAUAAAGAUGAACAAAUUGGGAAGAAAGCAACAGAAAUUGUGGAAUCGCCGGAGAAGGGGCAAGAAAAAUUAACUGAAAAGGUUGAAAUUUUAUCAAGUAAAGGUAUCACGAAAGAAGACGCAAAGAAAGAAGAGUCGCCUAAAACAUCAGUAGAUACCACUUCGAAAUAUGCACCAAUUCCAGGGGGAAAACCAGGAGAAAAGAAGGAAGAAAAAUCACUUAAAGAUAUUGAAUCCGUUGUAAAAGAGAUGCCAGUGAAAACGGAAGAGUCGAUAAAAGGGGAAACUGGAAAAGGAAACGAUAUCAGUACGAGUGAGAAAGGAAACGACAGGAGAGAAACAAUGUCAUCGAAGAAUAAUCUGUGUUUGAAGGAAUCAGAAAUCGUUUCGCCUGAAAAGGAAGCAGGGAUAAGUAAGAAAGAACCCAUGAAGAAAGAAGAAGAGAAUAAAAUCGAGAUAAAAGCAUCAUCCAAGAUUGGAGAAGACAAGAGGGAAUUUCCCACAAACGAACAAAGGAAAGAAUUUGGAAAGAUGGAGAGCUCAGCUUCAAAGGACACCACAGUAAUUAAUAAAGAAACACAGCGAAAUGAAGAAGCAAAAAGGGCUGAAAAUUUAGCAGGUUCUAAUAAGAAACCGACUGAUGAAAUUCAGAAAGGCCUUCCAGUAAAAGAGAAAACUAAGGAAAUUGAAAUAAAGGAAGUAUCGCCGAAAAAUGAAACAGAUAAAAUAAAAAUGUCUCACAAUGCCGAAGAAGUGUGUCCGAAAAACGAAACAGGCCAUGAGAGCAAAAAAUUAGAAAUCUCUUCGAAAGAGAUGACGGAGAACGUCAAGAAAGAGUUUCCAGUAAAGGAAAAGCAGAAUGAAAUAGAAAGGAUAGCAAAAUUCCCCAAGAAAGAUUCUGAAGGCGGUAAGGAAGAAUUGCCAGCACAGGCAAGAGACAAAUUGCUUGGAAAACAAGAAGAAUUAUUUGAAAAGGGCAGUGGUGAAAUUAAGAAAGAAAAAACAGAUAUCGUUAAGAAGGCAGGAUCAUCGACGGAAGAAAGUGAAAUUCUGAAACAUGAAUUGCCGAAAAAGGAGAAGCAGCCCGAAAGAGAAGAAUCUGUCGAAACAAAGCUGACGACGAAAGAAAAAGAACAAAAAUCAGAGGAAUGUAUUGCACUCAAGAAGCUUCCGGUGACGGAUAUAAAAUCAACUUCUCAUGGAAAUGAAAACAAGAUUAUUCCUCCAGGGAGCGAGUCUGCAGCUCUCUCGAAGUCGGCUGCACCCAAAAAGUCCAGAACGACCUCAGAAUCUGAAUUAGAUACGCCGAAGAAGACCACAACUACACCAAUGGAAACAAAAUCCACGUCCAAGAAACUGGCUGCUAAAACGACGCCUGAAGCCGAAGGUGAGAAAUCGCCCAGAGCGAGGACUCCGAGAGAUCGGGAUGAACCAAAACUCAAAAAGAAGCCUUCGAAGAAGCGUGAGAAGGAAUCGUCGAGAGACGUCUCAAAGAAACAAGAAGGUGAUCACGACAGCGGAGUCGAUGAAUCGACGCAGGGAAACGAACCCACCACGAAUGGAGAAAUCCAAAAAUCACCUUCCAAAAUCCCGAAGAAACAGGCGGGAGGUGUUACAUCGCCCCUCAAGUCGCCAGUCAAGACGAGUGCCAAGCCCAAGACGCCCGACACCGCAGGUUCUGCAGCACAACAGGAAAAGAAGAAACUUCCCAUGAACAAGGUGCAGGUGGGUUCGGCGCCGUCCCCUAAUCUUAAGACGGUGCGCUCCAAGAUAGGGUCUCUGGACAACGCCAGCUACAAGCCUGGCGGCGGCAAUAUUAAGAUAGAGAAUCGAAAAGUGGACUUCAGCAAGACACAGCCCAAGAUCGCUGCCAAGAAUGACACAUACAUGCCCGGAGGCGGCGACAAGAAGAUCCAGCAGGUGAAGUUGGCGUGGAACGCCAAAUCCAAGGUCGGCUCCCUGGAAAAUGCAACCCACAAACCGGGGGGAGGCGACAAAAAGAUAGAGUCGGUUAAACUUGACUUCAAGGAGAAGGCGAAGCCCAAAAUUGGAUCCAAGGAUAAUGUGAAAUAUCAGCCGGGCGGCGGUGCCGUCAAGACCACAUCUAGUUCCCAAGAGAAGAGAGGCUCCACCGGUGACAUCGAGAACCAGAAGCUUGAAUUCAAGGCACAGAGUAAGGUUGAUUCCCUGGCCAACGUGAAGUACAGACCUGGCGGUGGUGACAUCAAGAUCUUCGACGAUAAAAUCUAUCUAAAGCAGAUCAGUGGCGGGGCUAGCAGCAUCGCCAGUUCCGAGGAGGGCCAUGUUUCUGGCACACAGAGCCCAGUGCCCCACUCUCCAUCCCAGGCGGUCUCUGAAAACGACUCGCGCCACGAAGACAGCUAAAACAAUCCGAAUGGCGGCACAAGAAGCUGCUCUAGAUCUCGUUCCUUCUUCGAUUGUGAUUGGCUGCUGUCCAGUGACGUCCGUUUCAAUAGGAACAAUAAUGAGAGUGAAGGACUGAAACCAUCUUUCAGUAGCAACAAGAGUUUUGUUGGAACGGAUAAAAUCCACUGCUCUUCGUUUUGUGUUAAUAUAUAACCCCGUUCAGCUUGACAUAAAGGGUCAUGCAUCAUUGAGAGUGGAACAGAAGGUUCGUGUGUGAAAGUUGGUCAUACUAAAUAUUCUACUUCAGAGGCUGCGUACACAUAUGUACGUUAUGUUUGGUAGUUUAUAAUAGUAUUGCAUCUGACCAUAGUCCCGUUUAUAGGUGGAAAAUCUCAAUUAGACUAACUUAAUACAAGUAUGACCAAUUUUCAGAAGAUGGGAGCGGCUGGUUUGCUUUUGCAAAUAAAUAUGAAUUGUUACCAACUUAUGGGGAUGUCAAUUGAGGCAACAGUGUGUGUUUAUAUUGGCAGUGUUAACUUAUUUCUUAUGAACUUUUAUCAUCAUUAUGGAAACUUAUGGUCAGUCUUAUCAACCGUGAAGAUAUUAUCUAGAUAAAGGUGACGCUUUUUGAAUUGUUGUUUAUAUUUAUGACGCAUGGCCGUAUCCGCUUUUCUAGUAUUUCAUGUAUGUGUAUGAUAUAAAGAGCCCAGUUUAUAUGCUUUAAGUUUGUGAUAUAGUAUAUAGUACAUAAUACGUCACUAUAUUAAUUGCGUCUAUAUAAAAGGCCAUACGAAAUAAAACAGCACGGCAAUGUAAGUUUGCUUACAUUCAGUAACCCUUAUGAAAAGCAGUUAACUUUGCAUUAAAAUAUAAUUUGCUAAUGAAUUAUUUCGUAAAGCCA